AAAAAAAAAAAGAAUCCAGUCCUUAGCUUAUCUGAACUCUUGUUUUAAGUCUGCCCUCCUUGAAAUUCUUCUGGCUUUUGAUAUGCCUCUCUUCUGGAUCUUCUCAUUCAUUAGUGGGUCUUUCUUUCUCUCCUGUUUGCUUCCUAAAUGUUGAUUUUUCCCCAUAGUCUAUCCUGGUUUUAUACUUUAUCGUACUUCUCAUGUUAUCUUUGGUUGACUUUAUGUAUUGCCAUGGUGUCGUCUGAUAAUACCAUGAGCUAGCUUUAGCAAGUCUUACUGUUUCUUACUGGGCUUUAUAGGAAUUAUGUCAUAGGGUUGUUGAUAGGAGUGUCUGAUCUCUCUCAGACUCCUGUCCAUUUGCCUACUUCAUCUUUAUCUCAUAGCAGAAGAACACAGUCACUCUCAAAUCUGUGACAAAAGGCCACCCCUCACUCCCCCGAGUCUUGAGAAUAGAGCUGAUUAGUUUGGAUAGAUACAGAUAGAACAGAAGCGUGGAAGGCAGAUGAUACAGCUGGAUAACCCUCACAUCUAAAUGUAUCUUCCUAAAUGUCGUUUCUCUGGCCCAUUUUCUGUGUUUAAAACCAAUGCCAUGAGGAUGUGAGGGUGAUCUGGCUGUGACAUCGGUCAGCCCAUCGGUCGCCAGUGUCGAUUCGGCUGAUCUGGUUUUCUAGGCGGUUGUCCCCUUCCUCCCCCACUCCACGUGCGUCCCUCCCGAAGCUGUGCGCUUGGUCAGAGAGGACGACCUUCCCCAAUACAGGAGGACUUUCAGUCAAGGGUAUAUGAGUAGCUGCGCUCGCUGCUAGACCCUCCAAAGGAGCUCUCAGGGACCAUUUGUAGGAGAACGUGGGGUAGUCAAGCUUCCAGAACUCCAGACACGUCCAGAUGAGGCGCGGCACACGGCAGUUUGCCUUUCUUUAAACAGACACACAAAUACACACGGUCCCCUCCUUCCUGUAGUGCCUCCUCCUGAUACGUUGUUCUGUCAGUCACCCAGGAAACUGGGAGUCUCCUCUAACCUCUAAGCUGUCUUCACAUCUGUACCCAUUUGAUUUCCAGGAUGUACCAGUCUUUCCAAAAUCUGCCUGCUUUGCGUUUCUACCCUCAACAGCCCUAAUUUGUGUUCCCAUCCUCUGUUUUAUGAUAUUAGCCUCCUUCCUGUUUCCUUUGCUGCUGUUACAUCUUCCUCCAGUCCGUCACAGAACUAUCCCAAAUGCAGACGAGGCAUUUUUAAGGUGCAAAUCUAGUAUCAUUUCGGGGCUUAAAACACAUAGGAGAGAGUCUGAAAAUGGCGUUUUUGUCCUUUUGUGACCUAGGUCUGGCCAUAUGUGUUUCUGGGCUCCUUUCUGGCUCCUCCCUGCCCUUCCCAGUGUGCAUUGUCUCAGACUCUGCCUUUGUUCACACAAUUCCCCACCCUCCUUUGUCUGCCUGUCUGUCUGACUCAGCCUUGAACCCACCAGGUGGUCCGUGACCCCUUGGCCAUGCUGUUAUCAGAGCAGUAAUCAUAGUGAACUCUGGGUGUCCGUUUCAGUUUCUUCUGCUAGACUCAGCUGCUCGAUGUCAGGAAGAAAUACUUAAUUCGUGUUUUUAUCCCCUGGGCCUUGUACAGAGCCAGGCACGGAGUAAGUGCUCACUAAUGAUGUAUUAAAACGACAGAAGAAGAUCCAAAUCUGUAACACCAAGAUAGUCAUCAACUUAACAGCAGUUCCGCUGAACACAAAUAAAACUCAUCCCAGUAUCCCUUUUGGGGAUCAGUUUUGGCCAGUUGCAUAGAAAGAUACUUUGUGUAUCUGGUGACUGAUUAAAGGAUCUGGUUAUCCCUAAGAAGUGGUAGGAUUUAAUUAAUUAGCUCAAAUAGGUUUGAAUUAAGUAGAUUAAAUAAUGGCUCAAAUCAGUGGUUCUCAACCUUGGUUGCACAUUAGAAUCACCAAGGAAAUUAUUUAAAAUAAACAAAACCCUGACCCCUUUGCAGGCAAUUAAGUCAGAAUCUCUCAGAGAAGGACGGCAUGGGAUGCUGGUGUCAUAAUUUAUAAAUAUACUUGGCAAUCCCAGUAUUCAGUUAGGGUCGAAAACCACUGGUUUAGACAAAGGUUAGAGUAAGUUAUCAGAAGUGGAGGUUAAGGGAAAUUAGGAUGAAAUGAGAUUAACUAUAAACUUUUUAAAUUUUAUAUAAUCAUAAAAUGGGAGAGUCACUGGAAUGGAUCUUAGAUAGAUCUAUGUAAAGGCUGUACUGUAGUUGCUUUUUUUUUUUUUUUAAUUAAGAUCUGAUUGAAAAUUUAUUGGUGGCCAGAAAUUUCCUGUUUCCUUAGGCAAUCUGAUCUAUUUCCAGGUGUCAUAUGAUUAACAGUGUCUUAUUAUAUUGACUUGUAACUGACUUUUUUGUGACUCUGCACAUUAUUCCUAAUUCUGCUCUCUGGAGCAACUCAAAUAUCCCUGUUCCACAGGACCUCUAAAUAUGUGAAAACCAUUCUCUUGCUUCCAUAAAGUGAUUUCUUAUGUAGUUUAACAUCCCUGGUUAUUUCAGCCUUUAUUCAUCUAACAUGAAAAGUAAGCUCCAUGAGAGGUUAAGAAGCCACUUAGUAAGUUUUGGAGCACAGUUUGAAAUAUGCACUUGGGGUUGAGGAAAAGGUUGGGAUAGAAGACAGAGUGAUCUGUUCAUUCUAGCUGAAACACUUAGGUCUGUUGUGUGCCAUGCAGUGGGAGAGACAGGAUAAAACAAGUAGAUGUUCUGUGUCCUGAUAGUGCCUAGGGCGUCACUGAAAAUGGGCACCAAGAAAGGCUGAGGACGCAACAAAGGGAAGCCUACAUUAAAGUUCACCAUAAGUUUUGAAAUCAUUAGAGGAGACUAAGAACCGAGAUAUACAGAGGAAAGCGAGGUGGUGAAGGAGGCAAAGUAAAUAAAGAGCUUCAAGAACAUUCCAGAGGCCAACAGUGUCCUCUGUAACAGAUGUUGUGGGUGAGAACCGUUUUAAUGGCAUGGCAGGGCAGAAACCAUGUUGCUUUUAUUCACAUAAAUUUGCACAGAACUGCGAGGAAAUCCUUAAGAUCUCCAGAAGACAAAGGGGGAAAACAAUAGAAAUGAAAAGUUCAAAAGAACUGUAAAUACAAACAUACGGAAAAUAGUCAAGCCCAGUAUUCAAAAGGUGGAAAUUAAAAAUACGGUCUAAAUUUAAAACAACUUAAACACGCAAUGUUUAUAGACUUCUGUGUCUGGCCGUGCUGGAGUGCCGGGGGUGGGGGUGGGGGGUGGGAGUGGGGUAGAUUUACGGUCUUGCCCGUACAACAGCAACAACAAUAAAGAGACAGACAAAAUACACGAAACAGUCGGUCUAUCUGGAUAUCAGAUGACAAAGGACACUCAUCCCUGGGAGAUGGAAAAGCAACGAGGUAAGCCUUCUGAUUGCCCAGUUUAUUGCCUUUGAGAGGGUUUCCAGUUUCCAGUAGAGGAAGGAGGAACUGAGGUGGAGUCCAGCAGACUUCCUGAGCCAAGGACGGAGCUGAGAAUCUGGGGAGAGCAAAGCAGCUGUAGUUCAUAGGACAGACCAGCAGAGAGGAGAGGUCUGCAGAGGGCCUCCCACGAGGACUCAAGAGCACAGAGCAGCACAUGUGUGAGGAAACUCCCCAAGGACAGGGAAGGAAUCCUCUAAAGGGUUGGAGGGAAUAGUCCUGAUAUUUGCAUGGGGAAUACUGUUCCUACGGGCUGGGCUGGAAAACUCCUGUAAUUCCUGGAGCAUUAGGAAUGGAGCUAUUUAUGUAAAGCACUGAAAGGAAAAAUAACUCUACUUAGAAUUCUGUAUUCAGCAAACAUACAUUUCGACCACAAAGACAAGACCACCAACAGAAUGGGAGAAACUAUUUGGAAAUUAUACAUCUGAUAAGGGUUUAAUAUACACAGAAUACGUAAACAUACUUGUGUAUGUAUACAUGCUCAUAUGUAGAAUGUACAAAGAACUACAACUCAAUAACAAAAACACAAACUUAACUAAUUUAAAAAGGGGCAAAGGACUUGAAAAGACACUUGUCCGAUGGCCACUAAGUACGUGAAAAUAAUGCAUAUCAAAACUACAAUGAAAUAUCACUUCAAACCAACUAGGAUUGCUGUAAUAAUCUAAAAAAUGGAAUAACAAGUUUUGGCAAGCAUGUGGGGAAACUGGAACCUUGGAUGUUGCUGGUGUGACUGAAAGGACGCUACUACUGUGGAAAAGUUUUGUGGGUCCUCAGGGAGCUCAGCACACAAUUACCAUGUGACCCAACAAUUCUGCUCCUAGGUACAGACCGGAAGGGAUUAAAAGAAGGGACUCAAGCAGGUACUUGUACACCAGUGUUCACAGCAGCACCAUGCACAAGACCCACUAGAUGGAAACAACCCAAGGGUCCAUCAACAGACGAUGGGGUAAACAACAUGGUCUGUCCAUACACUGGAAUAUUACCUGGCCAUUAUAAGGAGUGAAGGUCUGAUUCAUGCCACAGCAUGGAUGAACCUUGAAGACAUUAUGCUGAGUCAAGUAAGCUAGACACAAAAGGAUAUAUAUUGUAUGAUUCUAUGUAUAUGAUUAUCUAGAAUUGGUAAAUUCAGAGAGACAGUAGGUUAUCAGAGUCUGAGGAAUAGGGAGUUUGCUUAAUGUUUCAGAGUUUCCAUUGGGUGAUUAGAAAGUUUAGAAUUCUUAGUGAGGGUUGUACAAUAUUGUGAAUGUAAUUAAUGCCACUGAAUUGUACACUUAGCAAUAAUUAGCAAAUUUUGUUAAUUUUUUUACUAGAAUUUUAAAGAUGAAUAAUGUAAUUACCAAAAACCAUUGUGAUUGUGUACUUUGAGUGGAUGAAUUGUAUGGUAUGUGAAUAUGUCUCAGUAAAGCUGUUUUGAAAAAACAAAAAGCAAAAUGAAGACAUUCUCAGAUUUAAAAAGCUGAAAGAAUUUAUUACCAGCAGACCCACAUUGCAGGAAAUGUUAAAAGAUGUCCUUCAGGGAGAAAGGAAAUGAAACCAAAUGGAAAUCUGGAUCUACUGGAAAGAAUGAAAAGCACUGGCAAUGGUAACUACGAUCUUCAUUACUGAAAAAAAGCAUCAUCAAGAACAAGGAGGGCAUGGCGACCAAGUUGUUAACGGCCCGGUCCCAUGCACUGGUGACCUUCAAGGAUGUACUUGUGAACUUCACCAGGGAGGAGUGGAAGCUGCUGGAUACUGCUCAGCAGAUCAUGUACAAAGAUGUGAUGCUGGAGAACUAUAAGAACCUGGUUUCCUUGGGGCAUCAGCUUCCCAAACCAGAUGUGAUCCUCCAGUUGGAGAAAGGGGAAGAGCCGUGGCUGGUGGAGAGAGGGACUCACCGGGAGACCCACCCAGAUUUGGACACUGCGGUUGAAAUUAAAUCAUCAGUGUCCAGUAAGAGCAUUUCUAAAGAUAAACAAUCCUAUGGCAUUAAAAUGGAAGGAAUCCCAAAGAACGAUCUCUGGUAUUUGUCAUUAGAAGAAGUCUGGAAGUGUGAAGACCAGUUGGACAAGUAUCAGGAAAAUCAGGAGAGACAUUUGAGGCAAGUGGCAUUCACCCAAAAGAAAGCACUUACUCAGGAGAGAGUCUGUGAAAACGGUAAAUAUGGGGGAAAUUGUCUUCUUCCUGCUCAACUAGUGCUGAGGGAGUAUUUCCACAAACAUGACUCACAUACUAAAAGUUUAAAACAUAAUUUAGUUUUUAGUGGUCAUCAGGAAAGCUAUGCAAGUAAUAGUAGUGAAUGUGGUCAAACCUUCUGUCAAAACAUUCAUCUUAUUCAGUUUGCAAGAACUCAACCAGGAGAUAAGUCUUACAAAUGCCCCGAUACUGUCAACUCUCUUACCGGUGGUACCUCCCUUGGUGUAUCGAAGGGCAUACAUAGGGAGAAACCCUAUGAAUGUAAGGAGUGUGGAAAAUUCUUUAGCUGGCGUUCUAAUCUUACCAGGCACCGGCUUAUUCAUACUGGAGAAAAACCCUAUGAAUGUAAAGAGUGUGGAAAGUCUUUCAGCCGGAGUUCUCACCUCAUUGGACAUCAGAAGACUCACACUGGUGAGGAACCCUAUGAAUGUAAAGAGUGUGGGAAGUCCUUCAGCUGGUUCUCUCACCUUGUGACCCACCAGAGAACUCACACAGGAGACAAACUGUACACGUGCAGCCAGUGUGGGAAGUCAUUUGUUCACAGCUCCAGGCUCAUUAGGCACCAGAGAACUCAUACUGGAGAGAAACCUUAUGAAUGUCCUGAGUGUGGGAAGUCUUUCAGACAGAGCACACAUCUCAUUCUGCAUCAGAGAACUCAUGUCAGAGUGAGGCCCUACGAAUGUAACGAGUGUGGGAAGUCAUAUAGCCAGAGGUCUCACCUUGUGGUGCACCACAGGACUCACACGGGACUGAAGCCCUUUGAGUGUAAAGACUGUGGAAAAUGCUUCAGUAGAAGCUCUCACCUUUUCUCCCAUCAGAGGACCCACACUGGAGAGAAACCAUAUGAAUGCCACGACUGUGGGAAGUCCUUCAGCCAGAGUUCUGCCCUCAUCGUGCAUCAGAGAAUUCAUACUGGAGAGAAGCCAUAUGAAUGCUGCCAGUGUGGGAAAGCCUUCAUUCGGAAGAACGACCUUAUUAAGCAUCAGAGGGUUCAUGUUGGGGAAGAGACCUAUAAAUGUAAUCAGUGUGGGAUUAUCUUCAGCCAGAACUCUCCGUUGAUAGUACAUCAAAUAGCCCACACUGGAGAGCAGUUCUUAACUUGUAACCAAUGUGGGACAGCGCUUGUUAAUAGCCCUAACCUUAUUCGAUAUCAGACAAAUCAUAUUAGAGAGAAUACUUAUUAAUAUUACGAAUGUGGAAAGUUCUUUACAAAGAGCAAUAACUUGGUUUUACAUUAGAAACUCCUUCUGGAGGGAAGCAGUGUAGAUGUAAUCUGUGCAGAAAUGCUUUCAGUCUUGUCACUACCCUUUUGUGCACUAGAGAAUUGGUCCUAGAAGGAGAAAAAACCUACAGAUUUCAUUGUAGUACAAAAACACAUCAGCUUUUCUUUCCACAAGUUCCUAUAAAAGCAGUUGUCCUUGGAGCAUUCUUGACCGAGCCUUAAAAUGCUAGAAUCUGAGAAGGAACCAUUAAGUAGGUGGGAGAUUAUCCAGCUUCAUUGCCUUCUUCAAAAAGAUGUCAGUCAGAAUGAUACUUCAGAAAGAUAAGUCAAUGAGAGUUCCUAUUGCAAAGAAUAAAAAAUUGAUAGUUAUUGUAAAAAAGUGGAAAAUAAUAUUCCAGUGAAAUAACCUGCCAUAUUUUUACUUGAUUGUCCUUCUGGGACAGUUAGUAGUGUCUACUCUUUUAUGUGUCCGAUAUAAACCACAUUUUGGUUAGCAGGGAAAAUGCUUAUAAUGUAAAGCUGAAAACACAUUUACUAGUCGGGUACUUAUUUUAAGUAUAUUUGCAUGUGAGCAAGAAUCGAAAAACUCUGGAUAAUGAACAGAAUCGAUUUGUUAGGUGAUGGGAUUGAGUGAGUUUUAUAGUUACUCCAAUAAUUAUUUGAAGAUAUUUUUAAACAUUAAAAAGGAUAUCCAGUUUCUCUAUUCUAUCAUCAAGGAUGCUUAAGGACCACCUGCUAGCAAGUUUCCCAUUCUACGUUGUUUGGGUCAUGGAGUUGUGCUCUUUGAGACCGUGUGCUGAAGGCUCCUGGGAAUUUAAACACAGGGUUUCUUUGGACUUUGAGACCUAGAAGAUUAGGUGUUUGAGCACAUGAGGGAGGGUCCCCUUUGAGUGGGAGCAGGUACCUGGGCCAUUCUUAGAGCAGCUAUGCUCAUGAAAUAAACAGCACUGCUCAAAGCCACCCUCCUUCCAAGGUAGUCUUUUAUCUUUAUAAAGGAAACUUAGUGGCUAAAUGCACAAGCUUGAGCUACACUACCCAAGUUGAAAUUCCACCUCUGUCCUUAACUUGCUGGGUGAACUUGGGCAUGCUGCCUAACAUCGGUGCCUCUUCUGUAAAUUAGGGACAUUACUUACCUUGUAGGACUGCGGUGAGUAUUAACUGAGUAAACAUAUAAACAGCUUAGAAUAGUGCCUGACGUAUAUUAAGUGCUUUAUUGUUGUUAGCUGUGGUAACCGGUGUCACUGUUGUUGCCCCACCUCUGGUGUGCGUCAUUGAAUUAAACCUCCUUGCCAGUGAGCAAGAGCUCCUGGAGCUCUCACUUCCUUCCCAGCCACAUUUCCUUCUUACCUACGUCAGCACUUCUCAACCUGAGGAAAUCACUACCCGUAGUGGGUGUAACGACUCACUUCUGAGGAUCAGUAAACAACGUUUAAUAUUGUAUGCAAAAUCAUCUCGUUUGUACAGAAGUUUUCUCUUCUAGGGAGAGAAGCCUGAUCUUCAGAUUCUGUGGUAAGUUCGUGACCCAAAAAAGAUUCAGAAAGAGAACCUGUUUUAACUCUCUGUUUCCUUCUGUAAAUGGAUCUCUGUGAAGGACUAGCCAUUAUUUGCCAUUUUCUAGCAAACAAAAUAUAUUUUAGAUGCUUAAUGAUUGUUGAGUGAUAAGUAUUUUUGAGACCAGGAGGACAAAGAUCUUGAUGUCUCUCUCCCAGGAAAAAUCUAGAAAUGACUGUCAAGAGUCAUGAGACUUCACAAGGAGCAGGAGACCAUCUAACAUGUAAUCUUCGUUCCAAUUUUAGUAUAUGUGCUGCCGAAGCGAGCACCUAAUGUGUAAUCUUCAUUGUACAGUUGAGAUCGAGUGAGUUGGCACUGGUCUCACAUUUUGAGUGAAGUCAGACCAAGAACUAGAUCCUGGGUUCCUCAAUUAGUGCUGCGUUCUUCAGUGCAUAUAUAUAUCAUUCGCAUGUAUAAUGUACUCCUAUCAGAAAUCGUUUUCAUGGUAAGCAGUGGUUCUUAAUGGGAGUCGAAGAGUGGUCCCUUAACCGGGCCUCUUAGAGUUUCUGAUAACCUAUGGCUCAAUUUUCCUCAACUGUAUAAUGGAGUUAUUUCUAGUAUCUACCUCAGAAGGUUGUUGUGUGGAUUAAGUGAGAUAAUGUGUAUAAAGUAUUUAAAACAGUGCCUGGCCCACAAGUACUAAAUGUGUUAGCUACUACUACUGUUAUUAACACACCAAGGAAUGUAGGAAGAGAGAAAUGUCUAUGGAUGGUCACUAAAACAUUACUUAUGAUAGUGCAAACUUUGCAAUGUAGAAAUGUAUAAUAGCAGAAUGGUUAUAGCGUAUCCGUGUCAUGGAGUAUUACACAGACAUUAAAAUUAAUGCAAACUGUUGACAAGAAAAAUGUUGAUGUUGUCAUGUGUUUUGAAAAAAGCAUGAUGAAUAGUUGUUAAUAUGGAGUAAACUGAAAUGUAUAAAAAUAAAUCAAUUGUAAAUAACUGAAAUGAAUCUUGCUUAAAACUCUUAAGGAAAUUUGUCAAAAGAUUAAGAGCAGUUAACUUUCUUUUUUUUCUUUAUUCUUGUUUUGUUUUAUAGUUUUCUAUUUUUUCCCAAAGUCUCUUCAACAAAUACAAAUUAAUUUUAUAUUACAGUUUCUUCAGUAAAGGAAUUUUUUCUCUUCCAAAGUUUUUGUCUACAAAUAAGCUGCUAGAACCUUAACCAUGGAACUUGGCAGCAGAUAAACCAGUGGUUGGCUGGGGAUGGGAGAGUGAUUGACAGCAGACGGGACCCCAAGGGAACCAUUAGGGAUGAUCUGUAUCUUGACUGGUGGUGGUUCCAUGACUGUACUUGUCUGUUAAACUCAUCAGAGUAUACAUUUUAAGUGGGUCCAGUUUGUUGUAUGCAAAUUUUAUCUCAAUAAAAUUGAUUUUUUCAAAAUA